UGUCUGUUUUUGAUUGAUUUCCUGAUUGAUCUUCACAACUAUCCAUUGCGUGUGAUGCUUACGUGGUUCCCGAAGUAAUUUUUGCACAAUUUGCACUAAUUUUUUGCAUAAAACACAACAAAAAAUCACUUUGAACCACAGCUCUGUUUUGUUUUGAUUCUCACCCACGUGAUCAGCUGUCUUUUUGACCAAACACCUAUAGUUGUCUCUUUUUCACCCAUGCAAAAGGUGCGGCGAAUGUGUUGGAGAGUGAGAUGGCUAGCUGUGUGCUUUGCAAUGCUGUCAAUAAUUUUCUUGGGGAAAACACAGAAAAAGGAGCUUGUUUGAUAAGGCUGAAAUAAUCUCUGUUGAACUAUGACAUCCCCUGAUUCCUACAAAUAUUUCCUGCCACAGCCCAACAGUGAAAACUGGCCGAGUGAGCGUCACAAGUGCGAAAGUUAUCGCGGUGAGUGAACAAAAAGCGGUGUGCGUUUGAGCGGGAACUUUACGCUGUGGUGCGGGAUGCAUUCUGUGUUGAGCGCUCUCGGGAGCAGCUUCUGGUGCCGAAAAAUGGUCUUCGACGCGGCCAAGAGUGUGGGAAUUGUGAAGUCACUUCAUAUUGCGUCAGAAUCUCACACAGUCGGUGAUAGUUACGAUGAAGCAAUAAAAACCCUCAAUACCCUUCAGAGCAAUGCUGAGACUAUCCAGCAAACUGUGAGAAAUUCUGGUGAUAUUGAGACAGCACGAUUCCGGGAAACGGAGAAAUUCCUCCGGAGAACAGGAGUUCCUCUGGAGAGAUUGGAUACACUAUCCGUGAUCCACGUGGCCGGAACUAAAGGAAAGGGCUCAACGUGUGCGCUUAUUGACUCAAUUCUACGUUCUCAUGGCAUCAGAACGGGUUUCUUCAGCUCACCACAUCUUAUUUCGGCCACAGAGAGAAUUCGGCUCAAUGGGAUUCCCAUUAGUGAGGAGAAUUUUGUGAAAUACUUCUGGCGGAUUUACAAUACGCUCCAGAAAUCUCAAGACCAUGAAAGGGACAUGCCCACAUACUUCAAAUUCCUCACCGUAAUGGCCUUCAAUGUCUUCCUGGAGGAGGAUAUCGAUGUAGCAAUCGUUGAGGUGGGAAUUGGCGGGGAAUAUGAUUGCACAAACAUCGUGAGGAACACCAAAACUGUGGGAAUUACAUCCUUAGGGCUCGAUCACACUCACAUCCUUGGCAACACCUUGGAGGAGAUUGCAUGGCAAAAGGCGGGAAUUAUAAAGCCAAAAUCUCACAUUUUUACAGUAGAUCAACCACCAGGAUGUCUUCGAGUCAUUGAACAACGCGCCAAGGAGAAAAAUGCCACCCUUACAGUUGUACCGGAUUUCGAUACAUACAACUGGGUACAGUUCCCUGGUAAAAAUGUUGGCACAAAGGUGCAGCGUGUUAAUGCCUCACUGGCCAUACAGUUGAGCCACGACUGGCUUCAGCAUCACCGUUUGACUCGUUUGAAGCGAAAAGUGAAUCUCUUGAAGGAAAUUUCUGAGGAGAUCUCCGAUGGAAUUGAAAAUACCAAAUGGCCAGGAAGGUGCCAAAUUAUUCCCUUUCACCGAAGAACAAUUUUCCUCGAUGGCGCACAUACGUUGGAGAGUAUGGAGGUGUGUGCUGAGUGGUUUGUCGACAAUACAGCUAGAAAUAGUAAUCCAAAGUGCUUGAUAUUCAACGUUACGGGUUCGAGGGAUUCGAAGAAACUCUUGAGAAUGCUCAUCAACACAUCCAGCUUCAGUACAAUCAUCUUCACACCGAAUAUUGCAUCGGAAAAGUUCCACGCCACAGAUAAUACGUCCGUUCUCACGGGAAGGGAUGAAGCUCUCGAAAGGUGCAGGAAGAAUGAGAAGGAUUUGCAGGAUAUCAUUGCGGAGAAAGUCUCGAAAAAUGGUCUCUGUGGACUCAAUGGAUUCUCGAAAUUGCAGUGCCAAGUCCUCAAUAGUGUAGCAGAUGCUUUUGCAUAUUUGGACAACAUGUAUGGCAAAGAGAGGGAGAUUGAUGUCCUCAUUACAGGGUCUCUCUACUUAGUGGGUGCUAGUUUAUUGGCUCUUGAGCAUGUUGAUGCCAAAAAGUGAGAGCAAUUUGUGUGUGAAUAAAGAUUUUAAAUUUUCUUUAUUGAAUUAAAGAGAGAAAAAAGCAAAA